AGGUGGCUUUCAGGAACACCUGUUGUUCGCCCAGGCUUGGUUGGUCUUGACGGGCAGGACUUGCAAAAAGAACUAGGCUACAUUCCCAAGAACGUGCGCAUUCUAAAUGGCAUUUGCUUGUACUCAAAAAGCUGCAAAAUGUGGCAUGUUCCAGGCAGUAAUUACCGCAAGUCAAAUUUAGACCGAAAGCAGAGAAUGUGGGGGGAUUGUCUCGCCUGUGAACGAUAUGUAAAAAGCGCACUCGGCAAUAGGCAAUCGUUAGAUGCCACUAAACGAGAGGAUCGGCGAAAUCCCAGAAGCAAUUACCCAAUCCAAUUUUUGUCGCCCAAAAAACAAGUCCCUUCGUCUAA